AUGGCAUUGGCAAAUCAGCAGGAUCAGCACACCAGGGAGGUGGAACAGCUGCAAACAGAGCUGAGAAUUGCAACAGAGCGGGCGGAACGGGCAGAACGUGCUGUAACGGAUAGUGCUAGCAGUGCUGAGGAGCGCCACCGUGAAGAGUUAUCCACACUUCAAGUGGCAUUGGCAAAUCAGCAGGAUCAGCACACCAGGGAGGUGGAACAGCUGCAAACAGAGCUGAGAAUUGCAACAGAGCGGGCGGAACGGGCAGAACGCGCUGUA